UCCCCUUCUUCAUUUCUUUAAUUUUUUUUUUUUUUGGGGUUUUCAGAGAGAGAGAGAGAGAAAAAUCCCCGUCUUCUUUUCCUCUUCUUUUUCUCGUUGUUUCCUCCUCUUUUCCUCGCUCCUGCAGAAGUCUCCGAUUCUCGAAACGAAGACGAGUAAUAGGAGAUAAACGACACCGUUCCAAUCAAUCCCACCAUUCAAUCAAAGCCAGCCACAGCCCCACUCCCCCCCCCCCCAUGAAACGGAGCAAAACGGUGAGUCGUCGUGAUCGUCGCGACCUCCAUCUCCAUCUUUAACCUCUCUUCUCUUCUCUUCUCUUUUCUCCUCUUCUCUGCUCAGCUCAGCUCAGCUCUCUUCUUCUCCGUGCGAUUCGAAGCCGCGAUCGGGAAACGGUGCAUCGGAAUCAUGAGACCGAAUAAUAUGAGUCAGAUGCCGCCGCCGCCGCCGGGAGGUUUGGCCGCCAGAAAGGACCCGUCGGGGAAGACACGGCGUCGUCCUGACCUGAGUCUACCGAUGCCGAGGCGGGACACGUCUCUGGCCGUGCCGUUGCCUCUGCCGCCGGGACCGAGCUCGGCUCCGUCCGGGUCCGAGGCGGUGAUGAUCAACUUCUCCGAGCUGGAGCGGGCGAACCGGAUUGGGAGCGGAGCCGGCGGCACGGUCUACAAGGUUAUUCACAAGCCGACCGGGCGGGUCUACGCGCUGAAAGUCAUCUACGGCAACCACGACGAGUCGACCCGGCACCAGAUCUGCCGCGAGAUCCAAAUCCUCCGCGACGUCGAUAACCCUAACGUCGUCAAGUGCCACGAUAUGUUUGACCACAACGGCGAGAUCCAGGUGCUGCUGGAGUUCAUGGACGGCGGUUCGUUAGAGGGGAAGCACAUCGCCAACGAGAAAAGCCUCUCCGACUUGACACGGCAGAUCCUCACCGGAUUGGCCUACCUCCACAAACGGCACAUCGUCCACCGCGAUAUCAAGCCUUCGAAUCUCUUGAUCAACGCCCGGAAUCAGGUCAAGAUCGCCGAUUUCGGAGUCAGCCGGAUUUUGGCGCAGACUAUGGACCCGUGUAACUCCUCUGUAGGGACCAUAGCCUACAUGAGCCCGGAGAGGAUCAACACCGAUCUCAAUCAGGGCAGGUACGACGGCUACGCCGGCGAUAUUUGGAGCCUGGGGGUCAGCAUCUUGGAGUUUUACAUGGGCCGAUUUCCGUUCAAUGUGCAGCGGGCUCAGGGAGAUUGGGCCAGCUUAAUGUGGGCCAUUUGUAUGUCUCAGCCGCCUGAGGCUCCGCCGACGGCCUCCAGAGAGUUCCGGCAUUUCAUUGCUUGCUGUUUGCAGAGAGAGCCGAACAGGAGAAUGUCGGCGCAGCAGUUGUUGCAGCACCCAUUUAUCUCCGGCAAUGGGGGCGUGCCGCCGCAGGUUCAUCAGAAUCUGCACACUCUCCUACCACCGCCACGCCCGCUUCCCUCUUAGCUAGUACUUUCUAUCUUUGCCCAAUUACUGUGAUGAUGCUGGUUUUACUUGGUUAAUUUUCUGUCUUUCCUCUUUUUGAUGAUAAUGAUAAUGAUGAUAUGAUUUGGUGUUUAA